AUGGAGAAGAAUAGUAAAGUAGAUCCUCUUCCUAUCUCCCUCUUGGAUUUGCCUGAAUCCACCUUGGAUUUCAUUCUCAAGUGCCUUUCUCCAAUAGACCUUUGCAGAAUGUCAAAGGUGUGUGUUUUGUUGAAGGGUAAAUGUGAAAGUGAUGAGUUUUGGGAAAAUCACAUAAAAGAGAAAUGGGGAAGAGUGAUUGGUGAUGCUGUUUACAAGGAGUGGGAGUGGCACAUAGCAAUUGCAAAAGAUGGAGUUUUGUUGAACAAUCAACACACCAAUCAAACUGGCUCAAUGGGUUCUUUUUCUGGUGUUUGGCCCAACCUAUAUCUUUCUUCAUACUUAGAACAUUUCAAGGUUCUCAAUGGUAAAAACUCAAACAAUUUCAUGAUGUCUUUGUAUUUCUCUCUUGAGACUGGUACCUUUUGGUUUCCUGCUGAGGUCUACAAGGGAUUGAUGAUUCACAAUGCCUUGGUUAAGUAUGACUCACAAUCUAAUACUUUUCAAGCAAGGUAUCAAAAUGGAGGUUGGAGAUGUUUAGGGAAGAACAUUGAGUGGGAUAUGGUGAGAGCUCCCUCAGUUCAUACUCCUCCAUAUCUUCUACAUCUCUCUCAUUGUUUAGACACAUUGAAACCAGAGGAUCAUAUUGAGAUUCAAUGGAGACCAAAUACACAAUCUCCUUAUGAUUGGUGGUACGCUGUUAUUGGUCACUUAGACUUAUGUAAUCAAAAUUGUUGUCACUGUCAUUACAAUGAUACAUUGAUAGUGGAGUUCAGACAAUACCCUGAAGUAUCAAACAUGAGACGAAUAAAGUUGUGUAGAAAGAAGAAUGAAGAACAAGGUGAUCGAAUAGGUGGCUACUAUGGAGGAAUCAGAAAGCUUGAGAAUCACAAUGAAAUUCAAACAUGGAAGAAGCUCUUCCCUCUUCAACUUCAGACGGCACCUGUGUUAUAUAUGCCUCCAGUGGCAGCACAAGUCCAAAUCCUCUAGAUUUUGAACUCAAUAUCAGAGAGUUUGUGAGUAAUUCCAAAAACCAUGCUGCUGAAGCUGAUUGUUGCCGAAGAAACACUACUGUAAUAUGUGUGUGUGUGUGUCUAUAUAUAUAUAAGCUUGUGUGUAUGUAACAUUAAUUCAAGAAACUGUUUUUCUGGUAUUUUGAAAGGAGACUUACUCUUAA